GUGUGGUGGAGGAAGUGGUUGCGUGACGUCACACCCCCAGCGUGUAAGUCACAGUGAGAGCAGCUGGAGUUUAGCUGCUGUUCAUGAAUUUUAUUUUACAUCGCAAUAAAUACAUCAACAAUCCAGACAAAUCAUGGCGCAGGGUCUAAAAGAACGCUUCGAGAAGUUUCUAUACGAGAAAAAUCUCAUGACGGACGUGCUGGCGAAGAUCGAGGCGAGGACUGGAGUGAGCAGAUCGUACAUCGCAUAUGCUGUCAUCUUGUUCGUUGCCAUUUAUCUGGUGAUCGGAUACGGCGCUUCUCUGCUCUGUAAUCUCAUCGGAUUCGUCUAUCCUGCGUACAUAUCAAUCAAAGCCAUUGAGAGCGCAACCAAAGAUGACGACACCAAAUGGCUGACCUACUGGGUGGUUUAUGGUGUGUUCAGCGUUGCCGAGUUCUUUGCUGACAUUUUCCUCUCCUGGUUCCCAUUCUACUUUUUGGGAAAGUGCGCUUUCUUGGUAUGGUGCAUGGCUCCAACUCCAUCAAACGGCUCCGUUCUGAUCUACACAAGAAUCAUUCGGCCCUUCUUCUUGAAGAAUGAAGCCAAGAUCGACAAUGUGAUGAAAGACAUCACAGAUAAAGCAUCAGAGGCGGCAGACAAGUUUAAAGAUGAAGCCAAGAAGGCCACUGCCAACCUAAUAUUUGAGGAGAAGAAGACCUACUAAAAUCCACAGCCAUUUCAACCGCUUCCUGUCCUACAGGACGACACUUGCCUGAAUAAAUGUUGCCUUUAUAUGCUCUUAUUUUUCAAACAACUGGAAGUGGGCUAAUUAUUGUUACUCCCUUUGCCUGUGCCUGUUUUUUAACCUGUGGCAGCCAUAUUAGAUUACAUCAGACAGCCCAGUUACCAUAGUUGUGUUUAAGCGGGUAAGACAUAGAUCAUGUUACAAGAUGACGCUCACCCUGCAAUGCUUCAGUCUCAGUACACAUCUUUAUCUUUCCUAUAGAGAUCAUAAGCCUUUGGCUUGUAUUAUAGGAUCAUAAAAUGGUUUAUCCUGCAUCUUGGGCCAUUUAACAUAUGCAUUCUAUGAUGAUAUAUUUAUGUGUGAUACGUUUUUUGUUUGUAGAAAUGUCUCUUCUGAUACCAGUGAAACUGUACGCAUAUGAAUCAUGCAUUUGAUGUCGACUAUUAAACAAACUAUUGGAGGAAAUGGG